CCCUGCCCGAUGUAAACAAUAACACGCGGAUCGCGAAUACGAAAUAAAGCUUAAGUUUAGAUAAAUAUUACUUAAGUUUAGCUAGCAAUAUGACCAGCUGGAGGAAAUACAUCUUGUGGUUCGCCCAGGAGCAUGUAGACUUUCGAGUACACGAAUUUGAAUCAUUGGUUAAAAUGUUUGGCCUCCAGGUGCGGCGGCUCACUAAACAAACACAGAAGCCCUUUUGGCUGGUGGAGUUUCGCGAAAAGGAGGCUGCUUUGCAAUAUGCCUCCCGAUCCGUCUGCCUCCGCGCCAUGCUGGAACUCUACGCCCACGGCAGCAAAUUGUCACAGUUUCACGACAGUCUCCGGGCACACGUAGAUGCGAACAGGGAAGAGAUGGCAGGAUACUUCCGUCCGGACACCAGCUUCAAGAUAGUCGUGGAGACCUACAACAAGCACUUCAGCCAGCGGGAGAAAGUCGAGAAAAUCGAGUCAAUGGACUACCUGCCCAUAGAGGGCCCGGUCAACCUGAAGAAUCCCCAGGUGGAAUGGUGGUACAUCGAAUUCUGGGGCCUAGAUCCCACGGAUGUGCCGCCCGAACCUGAGGACAUUCUGUUUGGUCGCCUGUUGGCCUCUGGUCAACGGCACCUGAUUAAAGAGCUUUCGCUGAAGCAGCGAAAGUUUAUUGGGAACACCAGCAUGGACGCCCAGUUGAGCCUACUGAUGGCCAACCAGGCGAUGGUGCGCGACGGGGACCUGGUAUUCGACCCUUUUGUUGGUACGGGCUCGCUCCUGGUAAGCGCCGCCAAAUGGGGCGGAUAUGUACUGGGAGCCGACAUAGACUACAUGAUGGUACAUGCCCGCUGCCGACCGAGCCGCAUUACCCAGAAGGUACGCGAAAAGGACGAGAGCAUCCGGGCCAACCUCAAACAAUACGGAUGCGCUGAUCGCUACGUGGACGUGGUGGUGGCGGACUUCUCCAACGCGCUGUGGCAUCCACGCAUCUCGUUUGACAGCAUUAUAACCGAUCCUCCAUACGGAAUACGCGAAGCCACGGAAAAGGUAGAGACAAAGAGCACCACAAAGGACAGCACCAGAAGCGAGGAUAUGGUGCAUUAUCCGUCAACAUCGCACUAUUCGUUGCAGAGUCUGUACGGUGAUCUACUGGAGUUCGCCGCACGGCACUUGAGACUGGGCGGACGCCUUGUCUGCUGGCUGCCGUUUCAUCGUGAGGACUACGAUCCCAAGAUGCUGCCACAGCAUCAGCAUCUGCAUCUGGUAGCCAACUCGGAGCAGCUCUUGACUGGCAACACUGCACGCCGCCUGCUAACCUACGAAAAGUGUUCCAAGUACAUUCUGCCAGACCCGUCGCUGGUCAGCACAACCCAGGUGCCCACGCCCUCUCAGGAUUUUAGGGAUCGCUACUUCAACAACGCCCUGGAGUCUCGCAAGGAGCGCCGUAUGCGAAAGGCAGAGCAGCGGGAACAGGGCCGUGUGGAGAUGGAAGCUCGGGGAAAGAUUCCAACAGAUGGACGCUCAAAAAAGUGUGACAUGAAUAAGGCUCGUUUUGUAUGAUGUAUUUAUUAAAAGUUAUUUAAUUGUUGAA